ACUGCUACUACUACGUCCUGCCCACCCCACGUUGAGUCAUUGACAUUGCGACGGAGCAAGCAGGAGGAGGAGGCGGCUUUGGCAGCCGCAGAGAGCAGAGAGCAGAGCAGAGAAGCGGCCGAGGAGGAGUUAAUAAUACCACCACCACCCCUUCCAUGGUUCACACGCCACGGCAUCACCAUCAUUGCCGCCUCCUCCUCCCUCCCUCCAUAUCCCCUUCUUUAAUUGCUGCUGCUGCGUUUAAGCCUCCCCCACACCAACCCAACCGCGCCUCUCUCUUCCCCUGCUGCCGCUGCGUACUGCUGGUGGGUUUUUUCGUCCGUGCUCUGCUUCCCGCUGCUUCUCUCUCGCGCCGUCCCGGGGUGCCAAGGAAGUGCAUGGGAAGAAGAAGAAAACACCCAGCCUGAGCGAGCGUCAGACAGACAGUGAGGUCUUCUGCGAGGGCGUGAGGGAGCUAGAGGCUGCCCAACGGAGAGGGAGGGAGGGAGGGAGGUAGAAGAUGAAGUUCAUGAAGCUGGGCUCCAAGCCGGACGCCUUCCAGUCCGGCGGCGCCGACGUCAGAUUGGUGGUCUCUGACCUUGCAACAGAUGUCAUUGUGCAUAUCGGUGAAGUCAGAUUCUACUUACACAAGUUUCCCCUUCUGUCCAAGAGCAGCAAGCUUCAGAAGCUAGUCCUUAAGGCUACUGAGAAAGGGACAGAUGACGUCCACAUAGAUGAUUUACCGGGGGGAGCGAAAGGGUUUGAAAUAUGUGCAAAAUUCUGCUAUGGGAUGGUUGUCACCCUCAGUCCCCACAAUGUUGUUGCAGCAAGAUGUGCAGCAGAGUACCUUGGAAUGACUGAAGAUAUGGACAAAGGGAACUUGAUAUUCAAAAUCGAGGUCUUCAUAAACUCCAGCAUCCUCCGGAGCUGGAAAGAUUCGAUCAUUGUUCUCCUGAGCACGAAGGCACUAUUACCUUGGUCUGAGGAGCUGAAGGUUGUCGGUAGAUGUAUAGACGCCAUUGCUUCAAAGACAUCUGUGGAUCCUGCAAAUGUAUCCUGGUCAUACAGUUAUAAUAAGAAAGGAGUAGCAUGCACUGAAAUAAUUGAGUCGGCAGGAAAAACAUCGGUAGCUCCCAAAGACUGGUGGGUCGAGGACUUGUGUGAAUUGGAUGUUGAUCUCUACAAGAGAGUGAUGGUUGCUAUCAAAUCCAAGGGGAGGAUGUCACCUGACUUGAUAGGAGAAGCCCUCAAAGCCUAUGCAGUUAGGUGGCUGCCAGACUCUUACGACGCUCUGGUCGCUGAUGAUUACAUGAGAAGGAACCAAUGCUUGGUGGAGACCAUAAUAUGGUUGCUGCCGUCAGACAAGAGCUCAGGUUGCUCUUGCAGGUUUCUCCUGAAGCUGUUGAAAGUUGCUAUAUUAGUUGGGUCUGGGGAUCAUGUGAAGGAGGAGCUCAUGAGAAGGAUUAGUUUCCAGCUGCACAAAGCUUCGGUUAAGGAUCUCUUGUUGCCUGCUGCUUCCCCCAGUGAGGGAAUGCAUGAUGUUCGGUUGGUCCAUAAUCUUGUCCAGAGAUUUGUCGCAAGAACAGCACUAUCUCACAAUGGCGAUUUUGUCGAGAAAUCUGAUGAGAAAAUGAUUGAGCUCAACUUUGAGCAAGAAUCCACUUUGGCUCUAGGGGAGUUGGUUGAUGGGUACCUAUCCGAAGUAGCUGCAGAUCCAGACCUUGAAUUCUCCACCUUUGUAGAACUAGCUACGGCGGUGCCAGAAGCAGCUAGACCUGUUCAUGACGGCCUAUACUACGCGGUUGAUGCGUAUAUCAAGGAACAUCCAGACAUAAACAAAGCAGACAAAAAGAAGAUUUGCGGCCUGAUAGAUGUCAAGAAGCUUUCCACAGAUGCAUGCGUGCACGCCACACAAAACGACCGCCUGCCUCUCCGGGUGGUGGUGCAGGUCCUCUUCUUCCAGCAGCUGAGGGCGGGUUCAAGCAGUGUACCAGCUCCAACUGACGGCGGAGAGCAUGCUUGUGCAAAGCCUGUGCAGGAACAAAGCGAGCACUGCGAAAGGCGGAUACCCAGGCACCCGAACAAGCUGGAUAAGCAAGUGACAAGCCUAAGCGCGAGAGGAGAGGGCGAGGACCGGCACGUCGAGCUCAGGGGAGGCAGAAACAGCUUCAAGGAUCAAGUUGUUGGCAGAAACAGCUUCAAGGACCAGGUUGUUGGCAGAAACAGCUUCAAGGACCAACUGGGAGGCCUCCUGCUGCAGUCGCGGUCGAGGAGGAUAUUCGACAAGCUAUGGAGCAGCAAGGGGCAUGGAGAGAACGGCAAGGGUUCAGAGACGUCCGGCAGCUCACAGAGCCCGCCAUCGACGGCGAAGCCCACGGAAGUGAAGCCCUCUCCUCUCCCCCCUCUUAGGAACAGAAGGUAUUCUGUUUCGUAGGGGCUCUUCUUACUGCUUCCCCAUCUUGUUUUAGUUUAGCUUUGGGUUAGGUUUGUACAGGAAAGAGAAGUUAUCAGCUGAUGCUCAUCAUUUUUGUUUGCUCCUUGCCCUUGUCAAUGAAGAGAAAAUAUGUGAGGGAGGACUGUAAGCAGCUCAAUAUGCUGCUCUCUGUAUGGUGGUUAUCUAAGGCAUAGGCCUGUAGCUUACCGGUGAGGAAAGAUCUACUAGGGUUUGUUCUUCUCUGAAAUGUUUAUGAAGAACAAGAUAAAAGGGUUUGUGUCAAACACUCUCGAAUACUAGCAUCAGAUUGCAGGACACAAAGAACAUGGAUUACAAUGAUUGCAGUACUAUAUUUUUCAUUUGAGGUC